UUUUGAUUGGUUGAUUUUAUUGUAUGAAUAUUCUCUUUUUUUUUUUUCUUAACUGGUUUCAACAGUAGGUCUGAAUAUAUGCUCACUUCGCCCAAUUACUCCAAUUAUUUAUCUCGAACAUCAUUACUAUCGUUAGAUUUAUCACCGUUUACUAGUAAUACUACUACUGCAACAGUCUCACCAUCAUCAACAACAACUACACCGACGCCAACAGAAUCACAAUCUAUCGAGAAUUCAUCAAAUCUACCAAUCGCUUUACAAAUUCACCAUGACAAUCAACUCAUUGAUAAUCAAUACGAACCGAUUGAAAAUUAUGACACUGAUUCACUAUCACCACUAUCGCCAAUGUCUCCUCCAUCCGACGAGCAUCAUGAUAAUUUUUCUCUGCUUGCCCAAACAUCAUCAUCGUUUCAUUAUGAAAAUCAAUUGAAUGAGCCAAUAGUAACAUCGUGUGAAUUGGAACCUACUAUUACUACUACUACUACUAACAGUACUACUGCUACAACUACUAUCAACACUACUAGUCCAAACCUUGCAAUCUCUUCAGCUCGAUUACCUUCUGGUAUAAAAUCACUGGCAUCUCGUCCGCUCUCCACAUCGUUAUCAACCAAAUUUCCACGUGUAAAUCUAACAAGAAGUCCAUCAUUUAGACCUAGUUCAUUUAUAAGAAUUCCUACUGUCUCAAGAACUGCUUCUCUUUCUCCUUCUAUUGCUGAACUUGUUUCAACUUAUGACAAUCUUUCAACCUUACGUAAUCAUUAUCAAUCAGAUGAAUGUAAUGAUUUAUCAUCCUAGUUGAAUUCAAGAAAAUUUCAAGAAAAAUUCAAACUUACAAAUUAUGCUACUCAUAUAAAAUUAUAAGUAGUAUAGACAAUUUCUUCAAAACAAAACAAAAAACAGACGAUAUUGCUAGUCAAAGUUAAGUUUCACGUGUCUUUCUAUCUUUGGUUUUUUUUCUAUUUUGUGGAAAAAUAACAAAAAUAUGCUCUAAUUUUUUUUUUGCAUUAACACUGAACAAUAUAUACUUGUUUGUUUUUAUUAAAUCCUAUUGAACUAAGUUAUUUUUUCGGCGGUAAUUUUUUUUCCAACUGCAUUAUUUUUCUUUAUUGUAAAUAAUAAUAAUAAUAAUAAUCCAAAUUUAAUUUGUAGUAAAGUUUGUUUGUUGUUGUUGUUGUUGUUGUAAUGAGUUGUAUUUGAUUGAUUUUUCGAUUGAACACGAAAAAAGAUUAUCUAUGGGGGGUUUUUUUUUUAAAAAUAGUACAAGAGUGUUCUUCCGUAAAUUCAUUGUUGUUCAAACUGUUUUGGAUGAGAUCAGUUGUUUUAUUUUGUUUUUCGUCUUCUCGGGUAAUAUUUGUAUUUUUUUUGUGGUUCGUUUAUUCAUUGUAAAUAUAAAUUUUAAGAAUUGA